UGUUGUAGAGUUACUCCUGUUUUCAUAAUUUAAGUUUAUUGUCUAAAAUUUUUUAUCAACUAACAAAUUUACAUAAGUAUAACUUUAUUUAUAUUUGUAGACUUAUAUACGAGUGAACAAAAAUGGAAAGUCUACAUUAAUAUUUAAUAACCUAUAUCAUCAAGUGUAGUGUUUGAAAAGUGUUAAAACGUAGAACCUAUUCAUUUAAUAUAUUCAUAUAAACAACAGUUAUAAAGAUGACAGAAUUAAAAAUAGAUGAAACUAUACUCAAAUACGAGACCUUCAUCAACGACGUAUUAAAAGAAGAUUUGCGACAAUUGCACGACCGACUGCAGUAUGUUAACGCCGAAAUGUCUGAUUUAAUCCAACAGAAACACACAUUAAAAGUUGUUAAUAACAAGCAAAUGCAUCCACAUGGCUUUAAAACACAGGUCAAUAUUGGUUGCAACUUUUUUAUGGAAGCAGAAGUUCCUGAUACCUCGACUUUAUUGAUGGACAUUGGUCUGAAUCACUAUUUAGAAUUAAGUAUAGACGAUGCAAACAGGUUUUUAGAUAUAAGAAUAAAAGCUUAUGAGAAGAAGGCACAGGAAUUGCAACAGAAUGCCGCUGAGAUUAAGGCACAUAUAAAAUUAAUGUUAUUUGGAAUUGCAGAGUUACAAAACAAUGCAAUAGGGAAAAAUAGUUGAUAAACAAUACCUUCUCUAUUAUUAUCCCAGUGGCAUAGAUAAAAAGUUUGUCAACUAUGGUGGUGAAAGCAAGGCUUGAUGUGACAAUAUUAUGCUUGGUACAUUUCUGUCCAACGUGACAAGGUGACCAAGCCUAAAGCAACAUCUUAUAUAUAAAAUUCUCGUGUCACAGUUUUCAUUCCCAUACUCCGGAAACGGCUUGACUGAUUCUCAUGAUAUUUUGUGAGCGUAUUGAGUAGGUCUGAGAAUCGGCCAACAUCUAUUUUUCAUCCCCCUAAAUGUUAGGGGUAGUCCACCCCUAAAUUUUAU